CGGCUCACGUCUCACUCUCACAGUGAGUCUCACUCUCUCACCCAGUAGUCCCUCAGCUGAUUGUGAAAGGAUCGGUAGUUGCUCAGCUCGUCCGCGAAUCUACAGCACACUUUCCUCCGAGCACGACACUUGAAGGGGCGUGGGAGCAUGACACUGUUUAGGAACACCGUGUGGUUCCUGAAGGGGCUGAAGGAGUACACGAGCUCUGGAUAUGCCCGGGCCAGCAGGAGUUUUGUGGAGGGGGACCUGCAGGUGGAUUGUGCUGGCCACCACUACAUGAUUACUGGGGCCAACAGUGGCAUUGGGAAAUGCAUUGCCCUGGAGGUGGCCAAGCGGGGCGGCACAGUGCACCUGGUGUGUCGGAAUCCCACCACAGCAGAGCAGGCCAGGAAGGAGAUCAGUGAGGCUGCCAGCAAUGAGAAUAUCUUUGUACACAUCCUGGACUUGUCAGACUCCAAGGGCGUGCACUCCUUCGCGGCAAAGUUCUGCAGCACCAACGAGGCGCUGCAUGGCCUGGUGAACAACGCCGGCUGCAUGGUCAACACUCGGGAGGUGAACGAGGCAGGGCUGGAGAAAAACUUUGUCACCAACACACUGGGCACCUACAUCCUCACCACUCGCCUCCUGCCCCUCCUGGCCAAGACAGAGAAGUCAAGGGUGGUGACGGUGAGCUCAGGAGGAAUGUUGGUGCAGAAGCUGGAUGUGGCUGACUUGCAGUUUGAGAAGAUGAGUCCCUUUGACGGCACCAUGGCAUACGCACAGAACAAGAGGCAGCAGGUGGUGAUGACGGAGCAGUGGGCCGCCCAGCACCCUGAGGUUCACUUCUCGGUGAUGCACCCUGGCUGGGCAGACACUCCUGCCGUGCGCACCUCCAUGCCUGAAUUUCAUGCCAAGAUGAAGGACCGCCUGAGGACACCAGAGCAAGGUGCAGACACAGCAGUGUGGCUGACCCUCUCAUCAGCCGCCCUGCAACAACCUUCAGGACUCUUCUUCCAGGAUCGCCAGGCUGUGGCCACCCACCUGCCGCUAGCCUGCACCCGGUCAGAUGCCAAGGAUGGGCAGCAGCUGAUGGCCACUCUUGAGGAGCUGGCCCAGAAGCACCAAGCCUGAGCCUAAGCCAGCUGCUUCCAUCUUACAGUUCCUACCAAUCGACUCUUUCACUGCUCACAUCAUCCUUUGCUAAUACUCUGAGCACUAAAAAGAAUGCCUGCAUGACACACAAAAAGUGAAAAUAUGAACUUGAUUUUCUUUUGUAGACUAUAAGUGUUAUCUGAAGACAUUACAGUACAAAGGAAAUGUUUGUAAAGCUGUUGGUAGUUAUAAAAGAAAUUGUCAUGCAGUGGAAGGGUUGACCAGCCAGUGAAGGAAGCAGCACAAAAGUUCUUAGACAAUUUUUAUCCAGUAUAAAUCCAAUAUAAUUGCUAAUACUCUGAGCACUAAAAAGAAUGCCUGCAUGACACACAAAAAGUGAAAAUAUGAACUUGAUUUUCUUUUGUAGACUAUAAGUGUUAUCUGAAGACAUUACAGUACAAAGGAAAUGUUUGUAAAGCUGUUGGUAGUUAUAAAAGAAAUUGUCAUGCAGUGGAAGGGUUAACCAGCCAGUGAAGGAAGCAGCACAAAAGUUCUUAGACAAUUUUUAUCCAGUAUAAUUGUUUCAGUAAUGCCUCGCCAUGUUGCUAUCACCACGGCGAGGUGAGUACUGCUGGGGUGUUGAUCGUGUGUUCCGUGAUGCAUUCAAGCUGGGUGCUGGUUUUAUUUAAGCAGCUUUAAUUGGUUAGUAAUUAUUUGUGUCGUGUUUUGGGACCACUGGUGUAUAGGAAGUGUUCUACUUCAUGAUAGAUGCUUUACAUUUGCACGUAUGCACACACACACACCCCUUACUUUUUCUGUGAAGUUUACUGGUGUCUUAUUUAACAUUGGCUCUAGUGUUUCAUAUAAUCUGUGUACGUUAAGAUAAUCUUCAAAGAAUUACAAACUUUCAUGAUUUGACUACAAUGUUUUUGCAUUUCUAAGGAUCCUUAGCAGCCCUGACACUGGUUCAGUCUCUUAUCUAGAAACUUUGGGAUCAGAUAUUUUACAGAUUUCAUCUUUUUUUAGAUUUUUAAUGGAAGAUUUUCAGUGUAGAUUUUCAACUUUUUUAUUUAAUAUUUUUAUUAGAUGUUUCUAGAUGAAACAUCAGAAAGAGUGGAUGGGUCAGUGUUAGAGUGUCCAGUGUGUGGCCACAGUAGCAAGCAAGUUUGCACUUGAUCCAGGCCAUCACUCGAUGCUCUCUUGUCACCCUCCUGGUGGGGCUGCACAGUCUGAGGUGGCCUGUCUCAGGGAUUCUGGACUCCUCAGAAUAGAUAAAACAUAAACUUACUCAAACUAAGCCAAGCAUAUGAUACUAUGCUUAUAUAUGUUUUGCCUUGCUGUGGCCUCAUCAUUUCAUCACAUUGUAAUGGAUCUUGCAAACUUAACAUUGAAGAAAAGAAAGUGAUGGCAUUUGUUCAAGAGAGGCUCGGUGAUUGUGAGACUAGAGGGAAGACAGGAAGAUCAGAGGUGCAGCUUACUGGCCUCUGUUUACCAACCUUCAUCAACUUCCACCAUCCACUGUUUCCCUUCACAUGUACAGUGACAGUGACGUGUGUGUGACCUGCUAGAGUUUGCAGUCACAAAGGUCGCUGGCGUCUGCUGCUGAGAUUCUCAAGAAUCUUGAGCUUAUCCAGUUCUCAAGAAUACUGUAUAUAUCUGUCAUGGACCUCAGUAGCACUUCCUCCAGGCUCUGAGUGAGUAUGAGCUCUUCUUGAUUGAGUCUUUAUAUAACCUUACUUUACAAGAAAUCAUUACAAGCAGACAGCAAAUCAAAUGGCUCUUCAUUAUUAAGCUCCAGAAAUGACACCUGUAAAUUCUGUUUUCUGUAUAUGGAGUUUGUCAUAGCGAUAGUUGACAUUGUAAGGGAUGGUGCUGGCAUGUGGAUCCUUUUCCCAUGUGUCCAAGGCUUGCUCCCCUUCAGUGGUUAAAGUCUUGCCAGUUCCUGUCUGUCCUUAUCCAAAUAUCGUAUAGUUGAACUCAUGAACAUAUUCGUGGAGUUCUUUGCUUUGUUAAUGUUGAUCUGUUUAGCAUUGUGACCAAGGACAUGAUCAAAGGUGAAGGUCUUGGCAAGCUUCUUAAUUGCUCAUUCCUUGACCACCACCUCCAUCCUGUUCUGUACUGUCAUGAUAUUGUGUGACUUGCCAGCUUUCUCUUGAGGACUUUGAUGUUGUAGCUUAUUCCUCCUUCUGACAGGGACUGGGCUGCUCAUUGUGGUUCCUGGUGUGAUGGAAUGCACACCACACAAAGCACACAGAUUUCAUUCAGGGAAGCCCUAAAGCACAUAAACACUUGAGGUGGGUCUCCUAUUACUACUUCCCUCUGCAGCCAUGGCGUGCAUGGCAAAGGAUGCACUAGCACCAAGAACAGCUGCCACUGCCAAGAGAAAGAAAGGCUCUGGGCUAAAAAGGAAGACAUGUAAAAACAGUAUGUUGAUAGGAUGUGUGCCUUCUAAAAAUUGAGAUACUGCAUCCUCUUUCUCUUGGUCAGAAGAGGUUUCUGAGCUGCAAGGCAACAGGAUUGCAGCCUUCACCACCUGUGUGAUGGCUGUCUCUGUUCUUUCUGUCUUCCCUCCAGUCUGACAAUGACUGAGCCUCUCUCAAACAAAUACCAUCACAACACUCCUUUCUUUGUUGUCUUGCUCACCAGGACCCAUUGUAUUGUGAAGGGAUCUAAAUGUCAGUGAUGAAAUGAGAAUGUGCAGGAGAGCACAGGAGAGACAUCUUUGACUGUGCCUGACGGUUACUGUCAGUCACUCGAAAACUGAGCAUAGCAUGUUCAAGGCACGCAAGAUGCCAUAUGUGAUAACUCACCACUUUUUAACACCUGCCAUGGAAGUGAGCUGAAAGUUUAAUCUUCAUUAAAUGUUAUGGAACCAUCUUACCAUUUUGUGGAAUUUUCCAUCUGAUCAGAGACGCAUCAUGUCAUUCAACAAACUUUUGUAUCAUGUAAUUUCAGAUAUUGGAUUCUCAACCAGUGUUGAAAUUCAUUUUAAUACAAGUAAACUUUACAGAAAAGUAUGAGUGUUCUCUUACUAUUAGAUAACAAAUUCUAACUCAGGUAUUUACUACUACACAAAUUAAUAUAAAUGCAAAAUAUAAAUGAAUUAGAUAUGAUACUAUUUUAGAAUACUGUGUUUAGAUAUUUUUGCAGACCUACCAUCACCUGAAGCAUUGUUUUCAUUUCAGUGUGAUGUAUUUUAGAGUAAUGUUACUUGUGUAAUUGUUCUCAGUGUGCCUUGAAUCUUGCUGCCUGAAGGUGGUUCUUAUAAAGUAUCAAACAUUUAUGACAAGAAACAGUUAACAAAUAAUAUGAGGCAUCUCUUGCAUCAUAUCAGGAAAGUGUAAGUUUAUUUGUUCUUGUGACAUUUUAGGCUUCAUCCAAACUUAAGUGAGUAAUUUGCAAUGUACUAUUUUUUUCCCUUGAGUCUGCAGAAAAAGAUGAAAUGGAGCUUAAAGUUAUAUCAUUAUUUUGUCACAGUGCUACAAAAUAUAUACUUGUAUUUCCAAAUGAUUUAUGUACUUGUCAGUUUUCUAUAUGACUGUUGCACGUUACUAUCAGUGUCUUGUUGAAACACUUGGUGGUCAUCCUGUCAGUGGUUAGGUCAUGUGGUAGGAGGAAAUGGUGUUGGUGUUUGCUGCAGAGGAAAUGUGCAAUGAUCAUUAAGCUCAGUACACUCACAGGAAAGAAUAGACACAUCCCCAUCUUGUAUAUUCUGCACAAGAAUGAUUUUGUAUCAGCUGUAGUUUAGGUUUCCAUUAUUUGAAUACAAUCUUUGUAUGUACUGUACCUGUAUCCCAUAAACCAACAUUUAUAA